GGGACCUCUCUCUUGUUAUUUUUAACCUUGCGCCUCUUUUAAAAACUACACCCCUAUUUUUCCCUCAUCGUACUAUCAGAUUUGAACCCCCGCGCAGUUUCAUUAUGCCACUUCUCUUCAGUAUAAACUGCUUUUAUCGCAAUUUUCCCCUGGAAUACCCUCGUCUUUUUGUCAUCCAUGGUGAAUUGAACCCAGGUCUGACCCAGUUUUAGUCUGUGUGUGUCUGUUUUUUCCCUCCCCAGCAUCCCAUGUGUUAGUGCGAGCCUUCCAGUGGAGAUGUUUUCGGCAGGAGAGGAGGAGGUUAAUUCCCAUUUGUUUACCUCACUGAAGGAGUCCCCAGAAGCUGCAAUUUCCCCAACACUGGAGCUCAGUCUGACAACCAUCUACACCGUCCUCUACUCUUUCCUGUUUGUUUUCGUCUACCUGCAGCUUUGGCUCAUUUUGCACUACGGACACAAGCGCUUCAGCUACCAGAGUGUGUUUUUGUUCCUGUGUUUGCUGUGGGCAGCGCUGAGGACGACCCUCUUCUCUUUUUACUUUAAAAAUGUGGUGCAGGCCAACCAGCUGCAGCCUCUGGCCUACUGGCUGCUCUACUGCUGCCCCGUCUGCCUGCAGUUCUUCACCCUAUGUCUGCUCAACCUCUACUUCACACAGGUGAUGUUUAAAGCUAAAGCCAAGUAUUCUCCAGAGCUCACCAAAUACAAGGUUCCUCUGCGUUUGUUCUUCUUCUGUCUCAGUAUAUUUUUCCUGGUGGUGAAUUUAACAUGUGCGUUGUUGGUGCAAGCAGCUCUGGAGCGCUCUGAAUCCCCAAGCGAUGGGGAGAUCAGACAUGCAGUCCUGGCCCGGGUGCUGAUCAAUGACAGCCUGUUUGUCCUGUGUGCCAUCUCUCUGGCCGUGUGCAUCUUCAAGAUUGCCAAGAUGUCCUCGGCCAACGUUUACCUUGAAUCAAAGGGUACGUCAGUGUGCCAAGCUACAGCUAUAGGAACUGUGGUGAUUCUCCUCUAUACCUCCAGAGCUUGUUAUAACCUAGUGGUGGUGGCACUGUCACCACAGGACAGAUCCAGUCCCUUCAACUAUGGCUGGUACAGUGUGUCUGAUCAGGCUGACGUGCAGGAGAUCAGCGGUGAAGCCUACAUCGUGUUCGGGAUCAUUUUGUUCUUCUGGGAGCUACUGCCAACCAGCUUAGUGGUGGUUUUCUUCAGAGUCCAGAGACCCAACCAAAACCUGGCUCCAGGAGGGAUGAUCAACAGCCACAGUUUCAGCUCCAGAGCGUAUUUCUUUGAUAACCCUCGACGGUACGAUAGUGAUGACGACCUGUCUAGAAGCAUUAACAAUAGGGCUGAUCGAGCCAGUCUCCUUUCCCCGACCCCCCAGUUGGGUACGUCGAGCUGGUACGGCUCCAUCCAGCGCAACGGGACCCUGACGGCAGGUGUGGCGCCGGCCCAGCAGCCGCCGUCUUCCACAGCCCCCCUCCUGUUCGCCUACGGGAACGUCCACAACCACCAUCACCACCACCACAACUACUACUCCACCCCGCAGAACAACCACCACCAUCAUCAUCACAGUAACUACUAUUCCACGCCACAGAAUUAUUACUGUGGGUCACAAACAUACUUCUGCACACCGCAGAACUGAGCGCGUUUCCACCGCGUAAGAUUGACUGAUAACUUCCCGCGUUUUUCGUCACCAUCUUGCUUCCCCAGCAACAUCAGAGCAGAUGCUUUUGAGUGAUAUAUGGAAGACCAAGUUGGGCGUAAAAAUUGGGUUCAGCAAAUUAUUCUGGUAGGAAGUGGUGGCAUCAGCUACUGUGCCAUGACUUUUUGAGGACAUCAGGGUUUAAAUGGCCGGUACGGACCAUGAUGGACACUGCAGGACCAGAGUUUUAGAACCUAUGUGGUUGAUUAACCUAUAAGACCAGAUGUUUUGGUCAGAUUGCCAUUUGUGAGGCUGGAAUCAUCAGGGACCAGAUAAUCAUUGUUCUCAUCCUCCUUUCUCCCUUUCCUUCAUAAUUUGCUUCAGAUUUGUGUCCUUCAAUGUAAAGAACCCUUCUGUUCUGUUAUAUUCACUCAGCAUUGGUCAAACUGUGAAAAAAAAUGGCUCGAAAAUGGCGAGUGUUUUUAUUAGCUGGAAAAGAACAGUAGAGGGUGCUGGCUAGCUGGCUUGGUCCACCAUAAAAAAAGGCUUUUAUGACGAUGAAAACCAAAUGAUAUGCCUCCUUUGAGGGCAUUUCAUAGUGUGUUUUCAUGUUAGGUUCGGUUACUGAUGACAGGAGUUAGCUGUUGCUAAUUUGCCAUUAGCUUUUGGAGCAGUGAGAGCUAGCUUACACUCAAUCCUAACAGCAAGCUUCAACUAAUCAUUUUAACCAAGUAAUGUCUCAGAAGUUAGUGUGAAAACAUUCUGUUUGUAACAGUUAUUGUUUAUUUUGGUGCCACACAGGUGCUGUUAGCAAGUUAGCAAGACUAUUUUUGUAAAGCUAAUACAGUCCUACUUUACUCACAUUGAUUUUUGUACAGUUUGACUUAUUUUUGCAAUGUUCAUAACUGACUUAAAGGUUCAUUUUAUUUCAGUGUUCGCAUAUAUCAGCCAUGUAAAUUGCUUAGCCCCCAAAAUAUAUGUGAAAUGUAUGUAGCUGCCGUAAAGGUGUAACUGUCAAUCUCAGUAAGCUAACAUAAGUUUAGUCAAUAAACAUGCAUUCAAAUGAAACCAUUCAUAGAACACAAUUUCAACAGUAACAUACUUCAAUGACAAAUCUGUGAGUAAAUUUUGGAGGUUUUUCAAGCAAAAAUGGCCAAAAAGCACUGGUUGUGGCUUCUUAAAUCUGACUAUGUUUUGGUUUUCAAACUGAUUUAUGACAGUCAAGUGAAUAAAUAUGUGUUUUGGACUGUAAUAAGUAAUAAUAUGUAACCAACAUUGAACGUUGGAAGUCAGGAGUAGGCUUGUCUGUUAACUGGGUGAAAGGAAACAUAUUUGACCAAAAACUCUUCAUGUAAUCUGAUCCUUUGUUAGCUGUGAGGCAGCAGUUUUGCACUUAGAAGUUCACCUUCAGAGAAAAAGGCUAUUUUUUUUAGCCUGAAUGUAGGAUCUCCUACCUUGUUUUACAUGUUUCCUCUGUAAUCCUCUGUUUUAUAUAUGUUACUAUUUAUCCUUUGAGAAAGGAAAUAUCAAUGUGCCAUCACAUGACGUCAUAUCUAAUAGUUUCAUUCCAUAUGGAAAAAAAUUUUGCACAAGAAGUGUGUGUCGACUGAUGUGUGUGUUUAUAAUUGUGUCUCCAAGUUAAUCAAUUUCUAAUCCAAGUGUGACGUUUUGACUCAGUAUGUGUGUGUGUGAUCUAGUAUGAUAGAACGCUUUUAUACUUUUUUUAAUUUUCAUUUUACAUUGAUUUUUACUGUCUAACAGAUUUUAUAGUUUAUUUUUUUUCACUUUCUUUCUCUUUCACCAUCAUAAACUAUCUUUUUUUCUGCAUCUCAUGACAGACUACAGUCUGUAAGCAAUAUUUCACUUUGAGGGAACAUUUUCAUAGAUGACCACGCUCUCAGACAACAAUCAGUGUAUCUGUUCAAACCGAGAUUGUCUGGACUGAUAGAAAAAAAAGAAGCUGCCUGUGUGUUAGAAAAACUUCAGCUAUCAUUAAACUCAAUCUGUAAAUGACCAUGUAAACUUCUGACCUCAUACAAGAAAACAAAAAAGGCACAUUGCAGCAAAAAGUAACUGGUAACCAUAUACAAGCAGGGACUGGGAAGCCUGGUUGUGUUUCUUUGAAGACAGGUAAAAUCAUGUACCGCUGCUUAUGCUCUUUAGAUCCCAUUAAGAAGUCACACAGGCCACAUUUAAACACAAUGUAGUCAAGUUCUCAUUGUUGGAUCCAGCUGUUUCACCUAUCUCAGAAAAAUGAACAUCUGCAGUGCAUGCUUCUGCAUCAGAGUGCAACAACUUCAGUGUCAUAUCUUUUUUUUUUUCUCCAAGGUGAUAUUUAUGUAAAAGUGUUGAUCUAUCUGCUCUAAGACAAUGAUAAUUGUUUUAUGUUCUGAUUGUUUUAUCCGUGGCCAUACUGAAUGUAACCUAUUGUGCGAAAGAUCACUAAAGAUGUAUGCAAGAAAAGCACUACCGUGUUUAAAUAAAGGCCUACUGCACUGUUUUUAAAACUAA